AAUGUAGUAUGUGUGUGACAACGAUAUUGACAACAUGGAUAUAUCUGACCAUGGAGGAGGGGUUAAUUGCACACCACCGGCAAUCGAGGACUUUCCACCUGACCUGUUUGAUGAAAAACAACGUCAAGCUGGUGCUGUCGUAAUACACAUUAUUAUAUCACUCUAUUUAUUUAUUGCUUUAGCUGUUGUUUGUGACAAAUUUUUUGUACCUGCUGUAGAAAAAAUAUGUCAUGCAUUGUCAAUGUCAAAAGAUGUUGCUGGUGCAACAUUUAUGGCUGCUGCAACAUCAGCACCUGAAUUAUUUGUCAAUGCAAUUGGCACAUUUAUAACUGAGGGUGAUAUUGGUGUUGGUACAAUUGUUGGUUCAGCUGUAUUUAAUAUACUUGCUGUGCCUGCUUGUUGUGGUAUUGGAGCUGGAAUGUUGGUUCCAUUGGACUGGUGGCCAGUUACCAGAGAUUGCCUGGCUUAUGGUGUAACAGUUGCAAUAUUAAUUUGUAUUAUUCAUGAUGAGAGAGUUGAAUGGUAUGAAGCACUUACCCUGGUUCUUCUGUAUAUUGUCUAUAUUGCUGUUAUGUACUGGGAUAAAUCAUUUCAACGCUGUGCGCGAUAUAGCUGGAGAAGGAAAACAUCAUCUGAUGAUGUUCAUAAUGGUCCAGGAGAUGCAGUUGAAAUUCACUUAUCAAGAUCAGAUAAAUUACAAUCAUCUGGUGAACGUGUUGAACAAAUUUCAGCAGUUGAUAUAUCAUUGCAAAAUGGUGGUACAAAAAAUCAAGAAGACAAUCAUUCUGAGUACAAAUAUAAGCUGACAGUUUGGCCAGCACGUGGUGGAUGGAUUAGAAAAACAGCAUGGAUCUUGACAUGGCCAAUACAUUUGAUAUUUAUGUGUACAAUACCUGAUUGUGAAAAACCAAGAUAUAAAAAAUGGUUUCCAGUAACAUUUUUAAUGUGUAUUGUUUGGAUUGGAUCGUUAAGUUAUGUUGUUGCAUGGAUGAUAACAAUUAUUGGUGAUACAUUAAAGAUACCAGAUUCAGUUAUGGGAAUAACAUUUUUAGCUGCUGGUACUAGUGUUCCAGAAGCAGUGUCAAGUGUUAUUGUUGCUAAACAAGGUCAUGGAUCGAUGGGAAUAAGUAAUUCAAUUGGUUCAAAUACAUUUGACAUACUUUUAUGUCUUGGUUUACCAUGGCUUAUUAAAUCAUCAUUUUCACCAACUCAACCUGGACGUCAUUAUAUAAGUAUAAAUUCAGCUGGUCUUGAAUACAGUGCAAUAUCAUUAUUAUCAACAUUGAUGCUACUUUAUGUUGCAUUUGCAUCAAAUAAAUUUCAACUUGAUCAAAGAGUUGGACGUGCAUGUUUAUGCAUGUAUGCUGUUUUUCUUAUUCUUGCAUCAUUAAUUGAACUAAAUGUAUUUUUCGAUGUUAAUUUACCAACUUGCAAACGAAUUUAAUUAUUCAUUAAAAUUCAAAAUUUAAUACAUAAUCCAUUUCCAUUUAAAUUCCACGAGUUUUUUUUUUUUUUUUUAUUAUUAUUUUUUUCAAUUUAAAAAUAAAAAUAAAAAAAAUCAUUUAUAUUAUCUAUAUAUAAAAAAUUAAACAAAAUUCCUGUAACUAAUGGAAAAAAAAAAAAAAAAAAAAAAAAUGAUAUCUAUUGCAUUUGAUAUUUUAUUUCACAAUUUAUAACUUUUCUAGGAAAUAAUUUUAAUUUAAUUUUCUUUAGCUUUUUCUUAUUUUUUCGAAUUAAAUUUUAUAACUCAUUUUGAUAUACGAAAUUAAUUGAUCUAUAUAUUCAAUCUUGAUAAGAAAAAUAAAAUUAUAUAAUGUAAUUUAAAUAUGAUAAAAGAAAGAAAAAAAAUUAUGAAUGAAAAUGAGAAAGAAAAAAGAGAAAAUAAAAUAAGUAGAUAGUUAAAUUUAUGACUUAAGAUUGAUAAAAUGCAGUAAUAAAUUAUUAUAAAAGGAUUAAGUGUAUUUAGUGGUGAUGAUAAAGUGGAUGUAUACACUUGAUUGAAGAAGAGUGUCAUGUUGCUAGUUUUACUGUACGACUUUUCUUCAUGCUCCAAUUCGAAUCGAUCGUUGCUGAAGAUGAACCUCGGCGAAACAUAUACAUUUUUUCGUUUUAUUUUUUUUUUUUUUUUGCUGGAUGAUGUACUCGUUGAAAAUCAAAGUGAGGUGUCAGGAUAAUCCUCAAAAGCUUCAUGUUCUAUCAAGUAAACUAAAAUACUAAUGUCAAAAAAAAAAUAAAAUUGAAAUAUAACGUAAAAAAAAAA